UUUACAAACACAUUUAGCCGGCGCUUCCUUGCACCAGCCGGGAGCUAAUGAACGGGGCACCGGGAGGAUUACCUGAGGGCUAAACGCGUUUUAAACGGUUUUCCUGCCAAAUUCAGGCAAGCCUGUGAGGACGCUGAGGUAUAUUUGCGGCUAUGACGGACGAAAAAAGCAGCAGCGGUCCUGAAAGUGACGCACAGCAGCCUCGGAGCACCGCUACAGCGGAAUACUGCGCAAACUUGCAGCAGUGGAUGUGCCAGUAUUACUGGGGGUACGCCAGCUGGCAGAGCUGGGUGGCUCUGUCAGCUUUCCCCUUCCCUCCGCCGGGGAUAAGCGCUCAGACGCCGCCGGGUACACCCGUCAGUGGGCAGCAAGCAUUUGACACAAGGAGCUGGUACAGCUACUAUCCUGUCACAUCCCCCGCAGCUUCCUUUCCUCACCUGGCUGCCGGGACCGAGCUGGGCUCAGCCACCAACCCGCUCCCGGGUGCCGAUGCUCGUCCUGGUCAGCAGCAGAACGGGAACCCGCCUCAGGCAGGACAAGAGUACACCAUCCCCUCUCCUCUCCAGAGGUUCCUCGCAGAGACUGUGGACUUCUUCAUCCUGUUUUGUGUGAAAGCCACCAUCGUGUUAUGGAUCAUGUAUCUGAGUGGUAUGAAGGACAUUGCCAAAUUUAUCACCCACUUCAUUGUGGAGGAGAUAGAUGAGAACACGUCCCUGGAGGACCUGCAGAAGAUGAUGGCUGUUGCUCUGGUCUACAGGGUACUGGUGUGUGUCUACGAGAUCAUCUGUAUUUGGGGCGCUGGUGGAGCUACGCCAGGAAAGUUCCUGCUCGGCUUGCGGGUGGUGACGUGCGAUACGUCCACCCUUAUACGACCCAACUGUGUUCUUGUGGUCCCAGCAUCCAACGUGUCCUUCUCAGCCUCUACUGUGCGGGCGUUGAACAAGAACUUCUCCAUUGCCUUCCUCUUCCCUGUCUUUAUCACCCUCCUCUUCUUCCAGCACAACAGGACUGUGUACGACAUUGUGGCGGGGACCAUAGUUGUUCAGCGCAGAGGAGGCAGAUAGCAGUAUUAGACUUCUGUUUAAAGAGUAACUAGAAAAUUUUAUCGAACUCAGAUUUACUAACACAGAGGAGAGUGACUUUGCUGGGAAAAACUUGGAACGCUCUAUAAAAUGAAACGUAUACAGACGUAGACCUGGUACAGUGGGAUGAGAAACAUCUCCUGCUGUAAGGGAUUUAAAGGUGCAAUAUGUAAGAUGUUUAAUUAAAAACAUUUAAAAAUUAAGUGGAAUCGUCAGCACAAUGUGAUGAAAUCCUUCAAAGUUUCUGAAGUUAUGUCAGAUUCUACAUUGUUAUGUUGUAGAGAUGAAAUUAUAAAUGCAGUGGUGGACGGGGUUGGACAAAAGCGCUGGACGGUUUCGGCUUCAGCCUACAACUGACCUUACAGUGUGUCCUGUGCGCGUUAAUGGCAGUAGGUGACACAGACAGCUGGAGGCUUGGAUCCUACAACAUGAUGUUAGCUAGCUUUAUAAUAUAUCAAUGCUGCAACAGCAUCUGUGAUAGCAAACACAAACAGUUGUUGAUCUGCUGUUAAAAUAAAUAACAAUAAAAAGUCCAGUGCAAACAAAAAUAUAUAUAUUUAUAAGUUAAAUCUUCACAUAUCAGCAUUUUGGUGAUUGCAUGAUUAUCAGUCGUGCAAUCCAGCACAGUUAGACACUGCAUUAGUCUUUUUCCCUGGCUCAGUUGGUCUUUACCUGCCAACAGGCUCAUCAGUACUGCACGAACACUACUGCUGUUACUGUGUCCCAAAGCUAGAAGGUCUAAAGCUGAGAUUGGUGGAGAGGGAAAGCCAGGGAGAAGUCCUGAUUGGACACUGGUUGUCUGUGUAUUUUAGGCAGCCCGGCCGACCUAUUAUAUGGAUUUCUAAAGCCGAUAGCUCGUGUGUGUCUCCAUGUGAAACAGAGCACAGGAAAGCAGCAGAGUAAGUGGAAACAAAUAGACGUGAGUUAGCUAAACAACAUCAGUGUUGUUUUUUUUCAGUGUCAUAUGUUUAUGAAAAAAGAAUAAAAGCAAUAUUCUGAAGUGAGGUGCUCUAACACGCACUUUCAUAAAAGAGCGACACGUUCAGGAAACUUUAAAGGAGCAGUUAAAAAAACACAUUUUGUUGGUGUGCUUUGCUUUUUAUUUAAGAGCAAUUUUGUUCCGUUUUAUCUUUUAAAAUUAAAUGACAGAACAUGACUGUUUUUGUCAGCCUCUGCAGAAAAAUUUUAUAUUCAAAUUAACAAACUUUGCAAGUAAAAAGGUUUGAGUCAUCCGUCACUCUUUUUCUAUGCACAACUGGUAUAUGCAAAGCAAGAUGGCAUGCGAGGCUCCUGAAUGGCCUACUGUCCCCAAAAUAAAACUGGAGGAAAAGUCCAUCUGCAGUCCUGAGUCAGGCUGAGAAACAGAACACUCUUUACAAAUUGCACCUUUAAUUCUCACCACUGUAUCGCUCUAAAUAAGCUCAGAGGACAAAACUAAAGUAUUGUGAGGUUUUUGCUCAUCGCAGCAUGUGUAAAGUUGGAAAGCUUGUUGUCAUGGAAUAAUCCCGCAGCUCAUGUGAAUUUUAAUAAGUGCGCUACUGUAUGACACAAUCUACUGUUUCCUUUUUUUUUUUUUUUUUUGGUGACCCUGAAAGGAUUUGAUAACUUUUACCUUUUGUGAUUAUGUAGUUGCAGUAUGCAAGAUUUUUGUACCACUAAAGUGCAUGUCCACUAUUGUGUGAUUGUUUCAUUUUUCUACAAACUGAAGCUAACUGUUCUUUAAUACUUUGUAAGAAAAGGUUUUAAAUAAUUUAACGUAUUGGCAACUUGCAAACACAUGGGCAGCAUUGUUAUUAGAGUACGACACUUUGCAGCCUCUUUCUUUCUUUAAGCCAACAAUGAUCAGUCAAAUGUCUAACAUGCUGAUAGUUUCUUUGUGAUUUAUUAAUGCUGAAAAAGAACAUUUAAGAGUUGUUUUUAUGUGCCCACGGACCAUUUAAUGAAGUGUUUUUUUCUGAUGUGACAUAAAGUUGUCCAAUUUCUUGGGGGGGGGGGUACGGAGUGCAAAUAGAUUUCUAAAUUCUCUGCUCAUGUUUUCUCUCGUCAGUCUUGUAGCUUUUGUGACUCAGGGCAGCUUUUAUUUUGAAAGGACCCGCGUUCGUAUGACCGCUGUUACUCUUCAAUUGUAAAGACUCGUUUUGUUAGAUUACCCGUUGGACUGUUUUCUAACACAGACAUCUAAUCAGCCAAUCACAGGGCAGCAAUUCAGACAAGUAGACAUAGUUAAGAUGACCUGCUAGAAGUUCAAAUCGAUCUUGAGAACAGAGCAUAAAUAAUGUAAUCUAAGUGAUUUUAAGGGUGGUAUUUCAGAAACUGCUGAUCACCUGGGAUUUCCCCUCGCAACCAGAAACUUAACAGAAGUUUCUGUUUUUUAUAAUAAAAAUACAUUAAAGCAUCUAUUCUUUAAAAAUAUGAAUAAAACAUUUUAGUAGCCAUAAUGAAAGUUUACAUUUGCUAUUAACACAGGAGAUUACGCUCUCCACAGUAAAAAUGACUUCUCAGCCUUCAGAGGAAAAACAAGUUCAAACACUGAUGAAACUGGUUACAAUUCAUCGAAUGGAAAAAGACAUUUCAGAUUUUACACAGUUAUUACGUCAUAUUUAAUGUUAUUUAGGCUGUGGAAAGAGGAAGGGUUGAAGAUGUACUGCGGUAAUAAAAUAACAGCAGAAAAGUUUGCUUUUUACUACAGAGUCUGAUACAUUUGUUCCAGUCAUAAAAGCAACUAACAAAAGGGCCCUUAAGAGACCAAAGGGUAAAAGAAAGAAAAGACAACAACACUGACAGAUAAUCUUCAGAAUACAUUUAUGAAUCAGUUUCACUUGGGUGUGCACGUCAUGACAAUGUUUGCACUUUACCACAAAAGGCACUUUGAAUUAAAGUAAAGUAUAGUUCCAGUCGGAGCAACAGUCCUUCCAACAAAGCACUCAGUCAGGUUGUUUCCCAUCACAUGUCUGCACACUAUUAGUUCCUGUUUUCAUAGAGCUGUUAAUACUGACGUCUUUACUUUGAGAACUGACAUCCUUUAACUGCUGCACACUUGGGACCAGGCCACAUGAGGGCAGCAGAGAAUGACACAGGCUGAGGCGCAGAUGCUAGAAAUACGAACCAUCUUGCUUAUUGUGCCUAACAUCCUGUUGUAUCAUCUUUGUAAACGAAGCAGCGCUUCUAUUGUGCUUUUCUACUCUGAGCACUCAGAUUGCUUUCUACUGUGAGGCCCAUUCACCCAUUCAUACAAGCACUUUAUCCUCUGACAUUCAUACACAUACAGUGAACAAACCAUCAAUAUUCCCAUCAGUAGAUGACCCGCUCUACCUCCUGAGCCACAGCCACUCCCUCAAUUCCUGUCCUGUAGGCCACAGGUGUGUGUCAGACAUGAACCCUGAACAGGUAGCAGUCUUACAUUCAUGACAGACAAGAGAAAUCAAAAGGCUUUUGCAUAGGACAGUGAAACAUUUCCCUUUGAUUUUAAAAAAAUAAUGUUAAUUAUAUAAAGACAGGCUGAAUUAUGUCGCGUGGGGAUACUUUGUUUGCGUAUAUGGUUUUAUGUAUUCAGUACAGGGGACGUUAUGGUCUACGUUUAGAAAAAAAGAAGUGAAGAAGUGUAACUUUGCAGCCCCAUUAAACAAGUGGGAAGAGGACAGUGAUUCUUUAAGCCUUUAAACCUGCAGUAGGUGAUGCCCAUGGACACUUGGGGGCAGCAGAAACCAGCUGUGAACACAAUCGACCACCUUUUAAGUAGAUGAACUUGUAAGAAAACAUUUGCUGAUUUACACCUCCAGUGCCAUUAGCAUUAAUUCUGUGUCGUGUUUAAUUUGGGGGAUGACUGUCUGUCUGUCUCUGUUGGCUCUGUAUUUAACUUUUCCAGGGUGCGCUGUACCUCAUGACCUGUCACAGCUGGGAUAGGCCCCAGAUAAGUAAUUAAGAAAAUGGAUUGGUUAGUAUAUUCCACUACAGGUGGUGUUACUGUGCAUAGCACUGCUCUUUUGUAAUACUACAGUGACUUGGAAUUAAGACUCAUUAACCAUAAUGGUACAGCACUGGUUCCAGUUGAAUCAGUCAUAACUGAACAAAACGUUUGGAUUCUACUUACUGUGCAAAACUCUUGAGCCACCUGUCAUUUCCUUAUUUUGUUUCCAAAGAGCCAGACAAGUGGUCUCGAGUGGCU